AUGGAAUAUCACAAAAAGAGGUAUCUACGAGAUUUUCUACGUAGAAACCAGUUAAACUUGGAGUUUUAUAAAAGGAAAAUAAAGGGCCAAGAAGUAAAAUUGAGAAGUUGUUAUGCAGAACCGAUUGGGUGUAGCAGUGAAGAAUUUCUAAGAAUCAUUCUAGUGGAUGCCGCCUUCAUUAUUGAGUUUUUGUUGAGGUACAAUUACCCAAAAUUUCGAGAUGAGGAUGACUACAUAUUUCAUAAGCCAUGGAUGCACAUUGAUGUAUUGGCUGACUUGCGGAUGCUUGAAAAUCAGUUGCCACUUUUCAUUCUGGAGGAUCUUUUUGACCCAGAGAAAUAUUUUGAUUAUGCUCAUAAGCCUUCAAUAAUUAGUCUUUCUUACUCUGUGUUCGAUACUCCUUUCUUUUGGAAAGGAUCAAAAGACGACGUUUUGGAGGGAAAACGUUUUUGUCAUUUUGUUGAUUUGAUAAGAACUGCAUGUCUACCACCAAAAUUAAAAACUGAUGUAAGGGAAGUCAAAAGUAUAAGAACACCCAGCAUCACAGAGCUACACAGGGCAGGGGUCAAGUUGAAGGCGGGAUCAACGAAUAACUUAUUUGAUAUUCGAUUUGCUGACGGGACUCUUGAAAUUGUGUCACGUAGGCAACUAACGGAGAAAUCUGACAGAAACCUAACGGUGGAAUCACAUUGUAACAAAUUUAAAAGAUCGAGAUAUGUGAUUGUUAAAAUUAAAAAGAUAGUUAAGUAUGGCAUUGUUGAAAAUUGGCUAGGUGACAACAGUGAGGUGUCUACUUUGAUUAAUAAGCUUGGAAAAGGGGUUUGGAUAAAUGACAAUGACUUUUAUUUUGCUACUGUUGCUGAAGACCUGAACUCCCACUGCGGAACUCACUGGAACAAAUGGAAGGCAAAUUUGAGACAGAAUUAUCUCAACACACCUUGGGCAAUUAUCUCUUUCGUUGGAGCUGUUUUUCUCCUCAUACUCACUUUCAUCCAAACAGUGUGCACCAUUAUAUCUUAA